GGUUGGCAGCACUGUGCGGCGGAGAUUAAGAGCCUAGAGACCAACCAGUCUUGGCCUGACGCCUGUGGAGUGUGAGUGUGUGCCGCUCGUGCUCCUCUCCCGUGCAACACCUCUCUUGUUCUCUUACCACUCCUCUCAGACGAGAUGAAAUUGGAAAAGGAAGACGAGACCUUGGGGUCAAAUGACACGGUGGAGGAGUUAACCCUCGUCUCUUCCAUGGACCGACUCUCGCUCCAGUACCCAGAGAACCUGGGUCUGCGUGAGGUGGAGCGGCACUUGGCACGGGUGGCCCUUCAUGACCAAGAUAGUGAUGACACAUCUUCAGAACACCAGCAAGGUGACAAGGAUAUCAAAAAUUCUCUGUAUGAUAGGCAAGAUUAUAAUGACAGCAAAGCUUAUCUGCAUGAGAAAAAUGUAAAGAUUCUUAAUAAGGAAGGAGACAAAGGAAAGGAUGAAUGUAAUGUUAAGGAAGAGGCUGGCUGUUCAGACAAUAUAAAUCAAGAGGAGAGCAAAGUAUUUACAGAAAAGUUUAUGAACUUUUAUGUGAAAGGAAACAUCACCUGUGCUGUGUCCAGAGAUGCAGUUAAGAAGACAGAUGAGGAAGGUGAGACUGGCAGAGAGAAGGAUGUCAAUGAUAAAUUAAAUGAAGAGAAAGAUGAAGUUAAAGUGGAAGUGCAAGAGGAUGAAGAAGAGGUUAAAGAAGAAGUGCAGGAGGAUGAGAUUAAAAAAGAAAUGGAGAAGGACAAAAAGGUUACUAAGGAAGAGCAAAAGGACGAGAAAGAGGUGAAAAAGGAAGUAGUAAAAGAUGAGGAAGAGGUGGAAAAGGAAGAGCAAGAUGAUGAGGAAGAGGUAAAAAAAGAAGAGCAAGAGGAGGAUCAUUCGGACGAUGAAAACCCCACCGACGAGGAUGAAGGAGCUUCGUCGGGAGCCAAGAAGACUUCCAAACUUCUGCGCCGAGGUUGGGGACCAUCAGACGACACUACACCAUACCUGAGGGUGCAGCAAGAUGAUGCUCUGUAUAACUAUGGUGUUUAUGAUACCGCUCCUGGCCACAUGUACAAUUACUCGCAUAAUGAUGUAGUUGCACCAGCUUCCAAUGGGCUGAUUACACAAUACGAGCAAUCUCCACAAUAUGGACUCCCUCCACAUAAUGGACAACUGUCUCCACAGUACGGGCAAUCUCCAGGUUACCCAGAUAUGUCACCUGUGCACAGAGGAGCAACAGACCCCAGCAUGUAUAACAUGUUGCCGACUCUUCAGCAUGGGCAGCCUCCUUACUACCCAGAUAUGUCACCUGUCCACAGUGAAGGAAUGGGUGGCAUGAAUUAUUCGCUUCCUCCUGUGAGCGGAGUGGAUGGAUGUUAUUAUGGAUACUCUGAAAAUGGAAGUCCUUACAUAAUUCCUGAAAGUCCUCCAAUUUCUUCUCCGGAUGAAAAUGAGAACUAUCAAUAUCAAGGCUUACAGAGCAGUCCUCCAUCACCUGAGCAAGAUUUAGAUCAGUUUCCUUCUGUUGACCAGCACAACCUUGACCAAGUUCUAGAGGUAGUUCAUCAAGUGGUUAAUAACAAUGAAAUUUCCAGUGCUCCUCCAAGUGCAAUAGAGAUGAUUAUCAUGAAGUUAACAGAUGAAAUUGGAACACCUGCAACUGACCUUACACAGGAGAUGAGGACAGCUGCUACCAAUGAGUGGAGUUACAAUGAGGAGCCUUCACAACCUGUGCUUGACUCUUGCUUACCGCUGCAACCUACAGUUGACUGCUGCAAUGUGUCCCCUUAUCAUGAGCAAGGUGUAGUGGAACAAACACCAGAUACAAAGUGGAAGAUGACUCAAAACCCGAGACGUCAAUUAGAAGCUCGCAGAAUACUGGCAAGGAGGACUAAUGAAGAGCUCAUUGCCAAGGAUGCUGAUGGUGACACGCCAAUAAUGAUUCUGGCUUGUCGUAAUGUUAAUGACGAUGGCUAUGCAGAGAGCCUCGUAGCAAUAGUAGACAGAGUGGAAGGCAUUAACGUGUGCUGCGACAUGGUCGUCAACAAGACUGGAAGAUGCAACAACUGUGGCAAUACUGCACCGGUUAAAUUCUAUUCUCCACUCAGCAUGAAGAAUAAUGAGGGUGACACAGUUCUGAGCUCUGUAGUAAAGAUGAGGCAUCCAGUAUCAGUUAUCAACUACAUCGUUGAAAAGAUCAGUCAUCAUCCGAAUGAUCUUCGACGGAUUUUUGACAGAUCUAGUUUGAACUUCUACUUUGAGUAUCGGCAUCUGUAUCCAGCCUUGGCACAGUUCUUUUGCGAAUGAGACGUUGCAGGGGUGAAGGCUCUUUAAGGUUCAAAGGAAUGCAGAACAGCCAAGGUCUCUAUGUGAAUGGACUGCUUUACUAGUAGAUUGUUAAACUGGAUGACUAGUUCAUUCAUUACUAUUAAUCAUCAGUUUUUGUACUACACUAGUGUAAUUCACUGGUUUUGUAAUUUGAUAGAAGACAUAGUUUGGUGAAACUGCUCAGUUGUCAAAAUAAGACAAACCCAGCAGGCAAAAUAUACUCCAAUAAUUUUCAACAUUGUAUCAGCAUUAUUAAAAGAUGAUUCAAUGUUACAUCAAUGCCAUUUUUCCUGGUUUUACCUGGGGAGAUAAAUGAAGUGCAAUAUAAAAAAAAAAAAAGUCAGAAAUAAUUAAUACUGGUACUUUAUUUUUUCUUUGGAGUCAAAGCGUGCAACAUGAUCUUUGUUAUAAAAUAAGAGUUGUCAGGUCUCUCUAUGUGGGCUGUAGAUGUGUACAUGUUCACCCUAAGAAACACUUUACAGGUAGAGACUGCCUGUAUAUACUUAGAGUAAUGAGUUCUCGAGUUAGAGGGUUUUUGUCUGGAUGUUUUUUUUUAUUAUAAAUUAUAUAAAGUUUAUUGGGUAAUAUAACACUAAAAUUAUUUUUGUAUGGUGCUUGUAGGACUAUUUUUAUGGAACAUAUGAGUAUGUGUUUUCCUGUUACUUUAAUAGAAAUUAUAGUACAGUAUCUACUUUAAAGUAAUACUGUAUAUAGCACUCUAGAGAUACAUUCAUUUCUUCAAGUUAGAACUAUACAGCAGUCCAUUCUCUUGCCAAGAAAGUGUCAGUUUAACAAAAUACCAGUAUACCAAUCCAUUAAAAAUGUGUUGUACUGUUCUGCAUUAGUCAAAAUUAAAGCCCCAGUAAAAUUGAAGUUCUAUUCAUCGGAUUCAAUAAGUUACUUGUCUGAUAGCUGCCAUCUAUCUAGUGGCCUUGAUGGGACAGGAAGCCAGUGGUUUGUCAAUUUUUCCUGAUAAUUUUUUUUCCAGCUGGAUUUUGAACUCGUGUCUUGAUAUUUACUGCUUUCGUAGGUCUGCUGUUUCAUGUUUAUGACCUAUGUGGGGUACUUGGAUUAGUAUUAUUGUAGUUAGUCAGAACAAAUGCAUUUUUCAUGGAGUGGCAAAUUGAGAGAAUGGGCAGACUGUAUAUAGGAAGCUAAUGUGGCAAAGCAAUAACCUGAAGUCUGCAGGUAUUUUUUUUAAAUGCUGUCAAGAAAACUGCAUGCUGUAAAAUUUGUGCUAUAUUAAAAAGAGCAUAUGAAAUAGCAGCUGUGACUUGCCUGUUACAUAGAUUGAAAACUGAACAAAAAGGUAGGCCUUAGGGAAGUGUACUUAUCCAUUGAUUACCUUUGUCAAGGAAGGUAAGCAUUUUGCAUGUGAGAAAACAUGUAUGAAUAUUCACUUGUUGCAUAAAUUAGAUUUUAAGACAAUAGUCCAAAAAUAGUUUAUAUUCUAAAAUAUAUAUUUUAACCAAAUACAGUACUGUAUAUAUGCUGUUUUAAUAUAAUUAAAAUACA